AUGGUCGACUCAACAAGCCGGGCUCUUCUUCCGGCCGACCAGGCCAGAAACAUGGCCUUUGACAAGAUCCUGCACAAAAACUCGUCGGCAUCUCAGGGUGGUCUUCGUGCCAUGAUCAACAAAGACAACGAAGCACACAAGGCAGCUGUCGUUGAAUACUUUCAACACUGGGAUGACAAAAAGGCCGAAGACGAGACUGAAGCCGUUCGACAAUCCCGAGUCAUUGAUUAUGCAAGCUUGACAAGACAAUACUACAACUUGGCGACCGACCUUUACGAAUAUGGCUGGGGCGAGGCAUUCCACUUUUGUAGAUUUGCCUAUGGAGAGGCCUUCAAGUCGGCCGUAAACCGACAUGAACAUUAUCUGGCAAGCAGCAUUGGCAUCAAGCCUGGAAUGCGGGUGCUGGAUGUCGGAUGUGGUGUUGGCGGACCGGCACGAGAAAUUGUCAAGUUCACAGGAUGCCACGUCACCGGCUUAAACAUCAACAACUACCAAAUCAGCCGAGCCAAGCAAUACGCUGUAAAGGAAGGGCUUACCCACAAGCUGGAUUUCGUUCAAGGAGAUUUCAUGAACUUGCCGUUCCCCGACGACUCAUUCGAUGCUGUAUACGUAAUCGAAGCCACUGUCCACGCGCCUUCGCUGGAGAGUGCCUACAGAGAAAUAUUCCGUGUGCUCAAGCCAGGAGGCGUCUUUGGCGUCUAUGAAUGGUUCAUGACAGACGCCUACAACAACGAUGAUUUGGCCCAUCGUCAGAUCCGUCUCGACAUUGAGCAAGGCGACGGCAUUGCCCAGAUGCUCAAAGUCGAAGACGGCCUCGCCGCCAUCCAAGCCGCAGGAUUCACUCUUGAAACCCACUACGAUCUCGCUGAGGACGACAGCAACGAUACAAGUGUUGCUCCGUGGUAUUGGCCUCUAGGAACAGAUCUUCGUUAUGCCCAGUCGCUUUCGGACGUACUGACUGUCUUGAGAAUGAACCGGUUUGGCAGAGUGGUAUCUCAUGCUUUCAUCUUUAUUCUGGAGUUGCUUCAGAUUGCUCCGGCAGGUACCGGAAAGACGGCUGAGAGUCUUGCAAAGGCAGCUGAUGCGUUGGUUGAGGGAGGGAAGAAAAAGUUGUUUACGCCGAUGUAUCUCAUGGUUGGCCGCAAGCCUGAGUUUUAA